AAUCCAAUACACUGUUGAUUUUCAGCCUCAUUCAAUAUCUAACUAAGAUUCUACGCAUCUUAUGUUAUUUCGUUUUGUUUUACAGUUUGUGUGAAUCGUGUAUAUACGAAAACAUUAAGAGCAAUUUUAGGGCCGUAACAACAAACGCAGGAUUUGGCGGCGCCGCAGCGCAUGCGUGGGGACCACGGGACCGCGCUUUAAAGAACCCUAUCCGCGCGCGUCCGAGCUGUUGCGAGGGGCGAUGGAGCCGGGGCCGCGCCCGCAGGACUCAUCACAAGAAGAGUCGUCACGUCACGGAUCCGCAGCGGAGCGACAGAGAUGCUGAGGUGACAGGCAGAAGGAGAAAAGGGACGAUAUCACUCCGACAUAUUCCUCCUCCUCCUCCUCCUCCGCUCACUUCAUUCGCCAACCACCGACAUAACACCGCCAGCUCUUCCCAUGGACGGUGCACUCGCAAUGGGAUUCCUUUCCACGUCGUCCCCGCCGCCUCCAAACGUAGAGGAUUUUUUCUAACCACACCCGGCUCUUCUUUGGCUCAAGGAUUGGUUGGCAGAGCAAAGACCGGAGGGUUCUCCAUCAGAUCCCAGAUGCCCGGCCCAGUGUGAGGCUACAAGUCGAGGGUGGGGGGGGGAAGCAGUGAGGACAGCGUCCCUGGUCCACAGCCGGGAUGAGCGGGGGAGCGGAGCAAGCCGACAUCCUAAGCGUGCUCUCCCUUGUCAAGGAACGAUGGAAAGUGGUGAAGAAGAUCGGCGGUGGAGGGUUUGGGGAGAUCUACGAGGCCAUGGACCUGCUGACCCGGGUCAGCGUGGCGCUGAAGGUGGAGUCGGCCCAGCAGCCCAAACAGGUCCUGAAGAUGGAGGUCGCCGUGCUGAAGAAGCUGCAGGGUAAAGACCACGUGUGUCGGUUUGUGGGAUGCGGCCGCAACGACCGCUUCAACUACGUGGUGAUGGAGCUUCAGGGUCGGAACUUGGCGGACCUGAGGAGGAGCAUGUCUCGGGGAACGUUCAGCAUCAGCACCACCCUGCGUCUGGGGCGCCAGAUCCUGGAAGCCAUAGAGAGCAUCCACUCUGUCGGCUUCCUGCACCGUGACAUCAAACCGUCCAAUUUCGCCAUGGGUCGCUUCCCCAGUACCUGUCGAACCUGCUACAUGCUGGACUUUGGUUUGGCUCGCCAGUUCACCAACUCCUGCCAGGAGGUCCGACCUCCCCGUCCAGUAGCAGGGUUCAGAGGGACCGUCCGCUAUGCGUCUGUCAAUGCACACAAGAAUAAGGAGAUGGGUCGUCAUGACGACCUGUGGUCUCUCUUCUACAUGCUGGUAGAGUUUCUGGUCGGCCAGUUGCCGUGGAGGAAGAUCAAGGACAAAGAACACGUCGGGAAGGUCAAGGAGGAUUACGACCACACUCAGCUGCUCAGACACCUGCCGUCAGAGUUCGAUUUGUUCUUGGAUCACAUCUCCAGUCUUGACUACUUCACCAAACCGGACUACCAGCUGCUGAUGUUAGUGUUUGACAACAGCAUGAAAACCUACAACGUUGUGGAGAAUGACCCCUACGACUGGGAGCGGACAAGCACAGAUGGUUCCCUGAUGAUCAGCGCCAGUGCCACAACGCCGCAACAUCACACCCGCCUCACUCCUGCACACAUGGGUAUGGCCAACGCCUCGCUGAUCCCCGGCGACCUCAUGAAGGAGAACACGGACGAGGUCCUUCAGGAUGAGCAGCUCAGCGAUGCCGAGAACAACCCUGCUCCUGAGCGACUGCCGGGCUCCCCCCUCCACCCACACCGCAACCAGGAGGCCGACGUCUGGGAGGAGCUGGAUCGCAACCGCAACCGAAUUAGGACGGCAGUCUGGAAGGCAGCAGCAGAGGAGGAGCACAGCAACAACCAGGGCAACCAAGGACACCAGAGCCCUUACGCCGGGCCGAGCUUGGGUUCCCCGGUCAAGCUGCACGCUGACGUGGUGGCUUCUGACCGCGACGGCCCUCUGCUGAGGAAGCUCCGCAACAUCCACAGCUUUGAGCUGGAGAAGAGGCUCGGCCUGGAGUCCAAGCCCAGUCCAGAACGCUUCCUGGAUGCCUGUUCGGCGAAGCAGCAUCUCGGCGCCCAGCUGCAAGAGAAGGAGACGGACGUAGCUGCAAUCACACCCGUAACUCACGGUCAAGCUGCAACUGCUGAGGAGCGUCCCAGCAGGAUCUGGCACUACGACGAGGACUUCCGGUCUGGUUCUCCUAAGCCAGCUUCUCCUGGAUCUUUGGAGCAGGGAGAGGGGGCAGUCAUUAGCGGGGGCUUUGUGGCCCUCAAUCUGAGCUCUGGGAGGCAGGACAUCGACUCGAGGGAGUGGGUAAUGGUGGAGCGGCCUGGCGGCUCCCCGGGAGCCAAGGCUGCCACCAGUCCUUCAGAGGAGGACGAGGAGCCGGAGGUGCUCCAACCGGAACAGUCACCGGGUUGGGAAAAGAGGAGUCCGACCCCUAACUCUGGCAAAGCUAAACAAGAAAGCAUGCCUUCAUCCAGGGGAAGCGGAAGAAUGGACAAGUUGGAGCUUAGCGUGGGCCCCGUUGGGGCCCUGCCCCCCGUCACUCCGACCAGCCCGGCCGAAGCUCUGGCCGAGGGAGUCCUCACUCAGCUCCCCACCUCUCCUCCGUCUCUGCCCGAGGAGGUCGCGGCCCGGACGUGCAGCCCCGUCCCGCUGCGCUCUCCCAGCCCUCACACCCUCCUGACCACCCUGUCGGAUCCGCUGCACCUGCGCCAGCCGCCGGGCAUGAGGCGCAGCCUGUCCGUCGACCAGCAGCAGCAGCAACAGCAAGAGCGUCCCACCUCUUCCUCCUCCUGCCACGCCUCCCUACCUCCGCCACCCAACCCCGCCCCCGGCACUCGCUCACCCAGUCGCAGGAAACUCCCGGCCAUCCCCGCGGGUGCCGCCAACGCAAAGUUUCCCUCAGUCAUACGCAUCACCCGCGCCCAGCUACAGCAGCUGACGGCUCAGCGUCCCUCUGGGCUGUCCUCUCAGUCAGGAUCAGACAGUGCUCCGCAGUGUCUCCUGCUGGAAAGGCGCGGUGAAGCCGAAGCUGAAGGUCAGCAUGUCCCAGAGCACACGGCGGACAUCGGCUCCCCCCAGGACCACGUGAACACCCGCCCGGGGACGCCGACGGAUCCCUUGGCCGAGACCCUGGUCAAUGGAGACAGCCACACCAAAGCUCAAAGUCCAGUGCCAAGUCGCGUGUCUUCCCCCCGUUCGCCGCGCUCGCCUCCUCUGCGCUCGCCGUCCUCUCCCCGCUCCCCUCGCAGCCCCGUGUUUGCCAACGGUCGCCUCUCCUCCCCUGUGAACAGCCAAAGGGAUUUAAGUAAUGGAUCUUUCCCCAGGCUCAAAGACCCCGAGAACGAUUGUUUCCGUGCCACAGAGCCUCAGCCGAGGGAAGAGCAGGGAGGAGAAGUGGCCUUAGGACAGACCACUGGUCCGGCCCCCUCCUCCCCCGCCGCCCCACGCAAGGACCCAAGCCGCAGGCAUAGCCGCAUCCCCGUGCUCGAGCCCUCCAGCCUGCUGGAGCUCCCUCCUUCAGGGUCUGCCAAGGAGAAACUCUUGCAAAAGAAAGCCAACCACCAGGGCCCGGUCCCCUCUCCCACUGCCUCGCCGUCCCUCUCCGACAGGCGCGGCCCCAUGGUGGCGUCCCUCGCCAGGGACCCGCUGUCCUCCGCCUCUGACCGCUCUCAGGACGAGGACUCUCUCAUGGGCUCCCGGUCCGAACGGCAGGGGGACGCGUCUCUCUCCUCCUCCUCUAGCCCCCUGUCCCGCAAGAGCAGGAUCCCUCGUCCCGUUCAUUCGGCCUCAUCCACCGAGCAGCUGGCCGCCCAGUUCCUGCCGCGCCCACCUCCCGGAAAGCCACCUUGCCGCCCCACAGUGGAGGGCAGACUUAGGCGUUACCGCAUCCGAGCCGGCAGCACCAGUGACUCAGACCUCCUGUCAUGCCUUGCUCAGCUGAUGCAUGGCUCCCGCGGCUCCCCCCUCCACCACCGCUCCUCGGCCCAGCACGGGGGCUCCAGGAUGGGCAUCUGCAGCCUGACCAGCUCUCCGCACCACCACCGCAGCUCUAGCGCCUCCCCGCGCAGCUCCUCCUCCCUGCAGCGCUCAGUCAGCUCCUCGCCCUCGCGCCACGAGCACCGUGGCGGCGGCGGAGGGGGCUGCCUGGGCCGCAGCCGCUCGCCCCCCAGCUUCUCCGGCUCGCCGCCUCCCCGCCGCUUCUAUGCGCACCACCAGGAGACUUGCUGCAGCCGGCAGGCGCGCACGGGCCCCUUCCACCUGUCCAGGGGGAAAGGCUGCAGCCGAGAGGGCAAGUGCUCCAGCAAGCUGAGCAGAUAGUCGCUCAUGAGAUUGUGUUGCCACAGCAGAGGAUGGGAAGUCUCCCAAAUAGGAUAGGAUAGACUCCAGUCAGGAUAGAAGCCCGAGUCUUCCUUUAUAAUCAGAAAAAAUAUAUAGUUUCCCUUUUCUCCAUUAGUCUGAACUCACACUGCUUCAUCGUGUUCCUCUCACUCCUCCUAUUUGCACGCAGGCGUUGUUGCUCAUUUAUGUGCCCAGUGGUACUCGCGCAAAUUAGCUCCGCCGUUGUGGCAGAAGCAGAGACGUCCCAAUUUUAGUCACAUUACUCAGUGGUACCUUUCAUUACUCCUUGGAGAAAGAGCCUUAGAGGUAAUGAUACAUCUACUACUCAAAGCAAGUGCCAGCCUCUGGGGCUAAAAAGAGAUGGAAGUUCCGAAAAUGAAAAAAACACGUUUUCAUCCCAUUUGUGGCAUUUUAUAUAACCUACCCAUUUAAAUUAUAUCAGAGCUUAAAUUUAUGUUACAAAUUAAGAGUUCGGAGCCCUCACUGCUUCAAAAUGACACCGAUCAGCCACAACAUUAUGACUAAUAUAAUAUUUUCUAGGUUUCCUUUGUGCCUCCAAAACAGUUGUGACUCCUCAGAGAAUGUUGUUAGCGUGCUAGCGUGUGGGGCGCCUGGUCUGGUCUAGGUGGGUGGUACAUGUUUAAGUAACAAGUUUCCCAGCAGAACAUAGUACUGUCACAAGAUGGUCAGUGUUACUUACUUCUCCCUCCUGUCAUUGGUUUUAAUGUUGUGGCUGAUCGGUGUAUCUCCCCCAGGUGUUUCCCGCCCGCCUCGCGCUCACCUCGUUGUCCUAUUUUUUUAAUCAAUCGAGAAUCAUGCGCUGCCAAAAAGACGCCUCACAGAGCAUCAAAACCACUUUUGAGACGUCCUCUAAUUGUGUAAAAUUUGUAGGUUAACUUUCCAGACAGGAUAUGUUUAAUUUACAGCAAAACUGUCAAUCUGCAAAAUUAAACACAAGACAUAAAUCAACAAUUAGUUGUACCAGUGGGUACAUAAAUAAAUGAGUCCUGCUCUUUCGCCCUCAUGCACUACAAUAUCUAGUAUCUUAUCUGUCCCCAGUAUUAAUGCACUUGAAUCAUACUGAUGGAAUAUCAGUAAAGCUGGUUAAUGAAAUAUUGUCCUGGGGUUGACUCCUGACGUUUUUGGAGAGUGCAGGCAGGGUAUAAUACUUACUUUGUGCUAAAUGUGAACGCAUAAAGCCAGAAUCGUUUGUGUACAGCUGUAUUUAUUGAGAUAUUUAUUUUGACGCUUAGCUUUUCGACUCCUUCCCUCUUGACGCGCGAUCCGUGUGGCUGUGUGGCUCGGUGUCGCUCGCAGUAAACGAAGGGACUUACUCAAAGUGACCCUUCGUACAAUCAAUCAUGUAAAGUGCGCGUGAGGACACACACCUUUUUGUGCCUACUGUGUUGCUGAGAGGAAUUGGGGUCGCAGGUCACAAUAGUGAAGCUCCCUUCGGAUGUGAAAGGGUUGAUCGGGCCGGAAUUCCUUUUUUAGUCGUGACCCUUGUAGUAGCAGAAGCGAGCUUACGCGACACGAGGUGCAUUACUGAUGAGUAAUGUGCAGACACAGAUGUUUGUCUCAGCGUGUGCCUUGGCACUUCGGGCAGCUUGGGGAUUUACUCUGGUGUGUUUGUGAUUAGUAAAAAAGAAGCCAAAAAAAAAAACUAAACAAAACAAAGUGCCAGCGGUUAUAAGACUCAUUAGUAUUCUUUCAUAAUGUAGAAAAAGUAGCAACAAAAAACGUUUGUAAGUCAAACACAAUUAGAGCAACGGUUCACUUCAGUAGCUAUUAUUUGUAAUACAAGAAAAAAUGAAGUAUCCUGUUUCAGCUGUCCUGUCAGUAUGACCAGGUCAGUGUUAAGAGAUGAAACUGAAUAAAAUGUGAAUUUCAGAUUAGGGCUGGGUGGUAUACCGGUUCAAACCGAAUACCGGUAUUUUUAUUUUCUUCAUGAUAUGAAAUUUUAAUAAACCGACAUACCGGCGUAUUUUAUUACACGGCGUUCGGAACGUUGCGCCGCGAGACACGGUUUCAGACUGGACCACUUUCAGUGCAGCGCCUGUAAAUACGAAUAGUGCGACUGCGUCACUGCGAGGCCUAAAUGAAGCAGCGGAACGAGAGGUACUUCUGCCCAAAAAAAAAGGUGCCCAAGUUUAGCUUCGUAUGAAUGAGAAAAAAAUGUUGCGCGCAGACUACAAUUAUUACGGUAGGCGAUCGCGCUGCUAUUGCUAAAUGUUCCCGGAUGUCCACAUUAGCAAGCAGUGCUAACACGGGUCCAUGCAAAUCUGUUUUACUACUAGUGUGGGAUUAUUCUACAAUAUUUACUCAACAUCACAGUAAAAUAGACCAUCCUUAGCUAAACUACUGCUUUAAUUCCUCUCUUAACGAGUAGAAAAUGUUGUGAAUACACAAAAAACAUAUAUAUUAAUUGUAAUUUAUUUUACACAAAAAAAAUGCCGUGAUACUGUCAAAAUUUAUAUAAAAAAAUAAAAUACCGUGAUAUAUAUUUUUGGUCAUACCGCCCAGCCCUAUUUCAGACCUCAAAAUGAAAACAAGUUUUCCUGAAAAUGGAGGCCACGUGUUGAGAAAUUCCUCACCAAAACGAUGUUCUACGCCUCCUCCAAGUUUUAUUUCUUUGUUCUACGCAGGGGAACGUCUUUUAUAUAUAUAUAUAUAUAUGUGUGUGUUUGCGCACCAGCCAAAACGAAUCAGUGUUGCCCACUUCCCACUCCUCUGCUUGUAAGAUACUGUAAAAUACCUGCUGCUUCCUUCCAGUGCUACCCUUUGCAUGCUCAACAACAGAGAUCGAAAGAAAAAAAAAAAAAAAAAAAAAAACUAAACUACUGAGUAAAAAGCUGCAUACCACUUACCCACCACACAGCAUUUAUCUUGUGACGAUUUUAACCUUUAGCGGGGACGUUGUUGCGUGAUGAGCCAGUUUAGUUUCUGUGAAUCUUUUAAUAUAAAUUUCCCACCCCGGUUUUAGUUUUCUGAGCUUCCUGCACUCACUUGGGAGUAUUGUGGAGUAUGAUAGAUGGGAUUUUUUAAUCAGUCCAGCUACAUGGCAGGAUGCGCGAAAUAGAAAAGAAUGAGACUUGGAUGUGUUUCAAGGUCUCAUAUUGUGGGUAAACGCAUUGACAAAAUUCACGCACAUGUGGACAGAUUAUCAGGUGUUGGUUUUGAACUGUGCUGAAAAUGAAAGUGCUGGGCACGUUGCUUUGUAGAUAUGAAAUGUGCUGCUUUUUAUUUAUUUUUCUCCCCCCCCCCCGACUCACGCAGAUCUUGCAGGUACCUACGCUAGCAUCACAGAGCAGCUACGAUGACUCAUCCUGAAGGCAGACAGCGUUCAGUCAGUCAGCCGCCUUAAUGUCUCUUCUCUGCCCCUCUGUGCGUAGCGAGGGAUGACUGAGCCUUGUCUGUGUUGGAGAUCAUUCCACUAUUAGGCCCGAGCCAAGCCUUCCCGUCACCCCUCUCGUGUGUAAACGGCACCGUCUAUUAACCUGUGUGAGAGCGCCACCGUUUUUCCUGUGACGAUGCGUGGAUCAUUUUACCGACUGACUGGUGGAUAUAUAUCGGCAACUUUCAGGGCGCAUUAUCAAGUUUGUUCGUAGUGUCUCUCAAACAGGGCUGUGCAAUUUCUGCGCCGCCAGCAAAUCGACCUUUCGCGCUCACAGAUACUUCAAGAUGUUUCGGAACGCCGUCGCUCAGACUUUUCAUAUGUACCUGUAAAUUUAUUCAAAGUAAUAUUUAAAUAAAGUCAUUAUUGUACAACCAUAACUUAUACGCUUACAGGCUUCAAAACAAGGGAGGAACAGACACUUAACAGAGCUGCUGGUUUUGAAAGAUAAUCAGAUUUCUUCUUUUUUUUUUUCUUUUUAAAUAGUUAUUAUUGCACAUAAGUGGUGUGUAGUUGUAGUAUUAGUGCUACCUUCCAAGAUGAGAUUUUCUUUGUCACUUUUUAGAGUGACUUGCUGAUAGAAAUGUGUCAUAUUUACAGUAGCUUGUAGGUAUUUGUGGUCACAGAUACCCUCGGACCAGCAGAACAAACCCAGCUGUUUUUAUUUUAAAAAGGGUGACGGAGACUAAUAAAAGCUUUUGUGUGCCCUCGUGCACUUCUCAUGUCAUAACAUGUUAAUAACUUAUAAAUACUUGACAUAAAUUAUUUAUUGUGACAUUUGCUAAUUUGCCCAUCCAUCGUUUUGACUUCAAUUGUUUGAUUUUUUUUUUUUAAUGGUUGAUAUUUUUUUGUGUUGUUAUGUUUGUCAUGGUUUUGAAAUGUAACUGUACAGUCUCAAUGAAAGAAUGUAACAAGUGGGAGUUUUUUGCAUUGUAUAUACCUGUAAUUAUUUAUGUUAAUUAUAUCAUUUGUAUCAUAUCAAUGCCUUGUACAGUGUUUUUUUCUUCUUCUUUUUGGUUUAAAAUUAUUUUGUAUUUUAUUUUUAUAAACUGGUUAUAAAUAAAAUACUCAUUCCGCAUGCA